CCCCACGCCGCACGCCGGGGCCGGGCAGCUGCGCGCGCGGCCGCUGCGCCGCCGGGCAGGGUGGGCACGGCGCCUUUUGUCCCCCGGGGCCGCUUGCAAGUUUGCGGGCGCGGCCGCCCCGACGUGGCGGGAGGCGGCAUGGGCGGCGGGGCCGCCCCGGGCGCGCUGCUGCUGGCGCUGGCCGCCGGGCUGCUGCUGGCCGCGGGCUCGGCCAGCGAGUAUGACUACGUGAGCUUCCAGUCGGAUGUCGGCCCGUACCCGAGCGGGCGCUUCUACAGCAAGCCGCCGCAGUGCGUGGACAUCCCGGCCGACCUGCGGCUGUGCCACACCGUGGGCUACAAGAAGAUGGUGUUGCCCAACCUGCUGGAGCACGAGACGAUGGCCGAGGUGAAGCAGCAGGCCAGCAGCUGGGUGCCGCUGCUCAACAAGAACUGCCACAUAGGCACGCAGGUCUUCCUGUGCGCCCUCUUCGCGCCCGUGUGCCUCGACCGGCCCGUGCACCCGUGCCGCUGGCUCUGCGAGGCCGUGCGCGACGCGUGCGAGCCGGUCAUGCAGUUCUUCGGCUUCCACUGGCCCGAGAUGCUAAGAUGCGACAAGUUCCCGGAGGGGGACGUCUGCAUCGCCAUGACGCCGCCCAACGCCACCGAGGCCGCCAAGCCGCAAGGCACCACGGUGUGUCCUCCGUGUGACAACGAGUUGAAAUCUGAGGCCAUCAUCGAACAUCUGUGCGCCAGCGAGUUUGGUGAGAGAAUGUUCCCGGCCGCCCCCCACCCCGGGGUGGGGACUCCACAGCCUGUCCUUCCUGCACUGAGGAUGAAAAUCAAGGAGGUGAAGAAAGAAAACGGCGACAAGAAGAUCGUCCCCAAGAAGAAGAAGCCGCUGAAGCUGGGCCCCAUCAAGAAGAAGGAACUGAAGAAGCUGGUCCUGUACCUGAAGAACGGGGCGGACUGCCCCUGCCACCAGCUGGACAACCUGAGCCACCACUUCCUCAUCAUGGGCCGCAAGGUGAAGAGCCAGUACCUGCUCACCGCCAUUCACAAGUGGGACAAGAGGAACAAGGAGUUCAAGAACUUCAUGAAGCGCAUGAAAAACCACGAGUGCCCCACUUUUCAGUCGGUCUUCAAGUGACGCUCGCGGGGCGGGCUGGGGCGCGGCCGGCCCAGGAUGCUGGGGUGGGAGGUUCUCUCACUGAGCCCUGAAACCCAGCUGGCUUUGUUCUUGCUGCCUCCUCGCUCCCUGCCCCCACAGUAGCCAGGCUCACACCCCCUAGUCCAGCCACGUCCAGGUCGAGUGAGUGCCCUUUAGACUAGGAAAGGCCCUCAGACCCGCACAAGGGAACAGCAGUCCCCGUGCAUAACCAGAGACGCAUGGAGUCCCUAAGAGAAAUUUCUUUUUUGGCCAGUUCGCAAAGGGGUUUGGGGAAGACAAACACAAAAAAGAGCGAGGGCUGGCAUCGGAGACGAAAUGCUGUGCCUUUCUUGGUGUCGUCACAAAUCGCGUGUGGCUCUGCUGGCCGAUCUGUGCCUUUGGGACUAGAACAUUCUAUCGGCAAGUCACGUCGCUUUCCCUUCCAGAGCGGUUUCCCUGUCUGCCCACUCCGGACAGAAGGGGACUCACCCCACGCUGAGGAGUCGAGCCCCGUUGCGGGAUGUAGUCACGAGUGCAGGAUGGAAGAAGGUACACGCACAAGAUGUAAUGGGGGAAGCCGAGGGCCCCGCCUGCUCUGCCCUCAGCUUUCUGCACAUGGCCAUCUUCUGCUCUGACUCAGCCAGUCUCAGAGGCCUGGGGGACACGGUGGAGGAGGCACGGCCCUGCCUCAGACCCGUGGAGGGACCCCAGAACCUGCCCUUGCGCAGGGAGACGAGAAAGGCGGCAGGGGCGAAGGAGAUGGGGCUGCUCAGGCCGAGAAGGCAGUGAAGAGUGAUUUUCCAAAAAGACAGGCUGGGUGGUGAGCCUGGGUGUGCGGCUUCGUUGUCUUAUCUCAUCUGUUUGCUCGUGUCUCGGCAUCCCUCCCACCAGCUCCCAAAGCCCACUUCCUCAUCAAGGUUCCGGGAAAAGCCGACACUCAGCAUCUGAAAGGUGUCCAGGGCCCCGACGGGAGGGAGGGCACCCAGGUGUGGUCAGCUGUGCUGCUCCCUCCUCGGGUCUUCCUGGUUGGGUGCUUUCCUUUCCUGCCAGGAAGAAAUGGACUCCUUUCAAUUCCACUGUCUACGGCUCAAAGGGAUUUCCUGCCUCCUGCCCUUCUCUCUCUCUCUCUCUCUCUCUCUCUCUCUCUCUCUCUCUCUCUCCCCCUCUCUCUCCGUCUCUCUCCCUCCCUCUCUCUCAUUUCUGCAGUGGGAAAGCUGGCACCAGUCCCCAUCCGAGGAGACAGCAUCAAAGGCCAAGCCUUCCCCAGGUGCCCUAAGAUGCUCCCCAGAGCUCCCUGAUUAAUGGGCGGGGCAAGUGACUAGCUCACUUAGGUUCGCUGCUCUUGGCCGGUGCAAACCAGGAACAUUUGUCACCUGAGAUUCUUCAGUGACCGUCCCCAGUACGUUUGCCCCCGAGACACGGAUCACAGCAGGGGCGCUGCCAGGUGUCACCCGGGAGCUCCCCCUCCCGCCCGGCCCCAGGCCCACACAGAACGUGGGCGAUGUUUCCAAUCACUCCCAGAGACUGCAGUCCGAACACCAGCACAGCAACUCGGUCACCUGCCCCCAGGCCAUUCUGAUGUGGUGACCGGCUCGCAGGCACCGGCAGCCUUGUCUAGUUCUUUGACCUUGGAUCAGACAGCGUCGGGGGUGGGGAUGCCUGGUUGGCCUGUGGUUUCAGGUGUGUGCGUGCGUGUAUAUACGUAUUAGCUAAGUAGACAUUUUCUCCUCUUCUCUGAUUGGUCUGAAACUCAGAGCAGUCUCACAUGUGCCUGGGGCCGGGCUGGCAGGGAGGGGGGUGGUGAGUGCAGAGAUCAGGGGGCUGGGGCUGCCUGCUCCUUCUGCCAAAGUGCCUUGGGCAGCCGCGGGCCCCGCCCUCCCCAGAGUGAGCCUUAGGGGAGGGGUCGUCCAGGCUGCUAGCAGUCUCCGGGGUGAGGGGACACCAGCUCUCUCUGUCUCACGUCAGCCAGUUCAGGACCCAAAGGGAGGCUGCCGUCGGGCCCAGAGCUGCGCCAUGAGCCCCUGCUUCUCCCAACAAAGGAUGUAAGAGAACCAGCGUGCAGGCUUGUUGGCGCCGUCGCCAUCGGUUUCCAAACCGGACGGAGGUUGUUACAGCUCGCUGGGAUUUGCAACACGUGGCUCAGGCUGUGGAGGAUGCUGGUAGUCUGUUUAGGAGGCAGAAGGUGAGGUGAGGAUUCCAAGGACGUUUCGCUACUGAAGUAGCCCGUGUGGCCCUUGGCUCUUGUGUCUGAGGGUGAGCACACGGAGCCCCGCUCCCCAAGGCAGGUUCUGACCAGAGCGCCCGUUCUCACUCGGGUCCACCAGUCGUGCGGUUACAGCCACCCCACCCCCUGAACCUCGAAUCCGGUCUUCUCAUCAUGCCCAGAGCUGGAGGGCUCGCACGGUCUGUUUUCAAAGUGCCCCCGUGGCGACUCCUGCGGGUGCCCAGGACGCGGGUGGAGUGCCUGCUCCGUCCGGUUCCCUCCCUGUCACCCUCCCUCCCCUUUGGGAGCCCCGACCUUGUUAGGAAAGCUUUGAAUACUGUGAAAAGGUUUGCCAUUCCAUCUCAUUUGCGGUGUUUUUUCUUAAACUGCACGCCCCCAGAUGUUCUGCUUGGUAUCGCUUAUGUUAAUAGCCAUUCCCAAAUGUGUGCAUUUUAUCCUCAUGCUUUUGUUGUUGUUUUUUUUUUUUUUUUGUUUCCUGCCAUGUAUCAGUAUCACAUGACUAAAAUCACUCAGUUAAUCAACAA